GUUGAACGGUGCGCAGUUUCUAUUUGUUCCCUGCGAUGCAUCGGAUGAAUACCGUCAUCAAGGCUGAUGAAACACGUUUCGUGAGUGCUGAACGGUCUUGCACAAAAUUUUUUAUUUUUUAGAUCCGUUACGGUUCAUCAGCAAAUCUUUAUAUCAGCGGUAGUUCUGGUGCGGUACCUACAAAAAUUUAAUUUUUGUUGGUUCGUUGCGGAUGAUCUGUUUGGGCGUUAACGUGCCGAUAGCAUGAGAGCUGCGUGUUGAGUGGACGAGAUGUACCGGUACGGUAGCAGAUGAGUGACCGUUCGGCAGGUGAUAAACCGUUUCUGCGUUUUGCCAUGAAAAGAUGAAUUGAGAGGAAAGCGCGAGGUAAAAGGAUCAACAACGGACAUGUGUGGUAUUUCUGAUGAAUUGAUUUUGAUGGCAGUCCUACGAGGAGCGGAGUGGUAACGAAUUAAAGGGCAGUAGAGCAACAGGACCUGUCGUAAAGCACGUUUUUGCUCACACUCAGCACAAACAACGGAUCGUUCGUAGUUCCAACGUGCACAUCUACCAGCAAUGGUGUUCAUACACCACGAAGAGCCCUAUGAGGUGCAAACCGCUAAUCAUUGUUCCAAACGCUGCAAUAAAAAAAAAAGAAAAUUGCGAUUACUGGUCAGGGAGAUGGUACGGAAACACAAAUGCUCCGGAGAACGAAUCCGUUGUGAACGCUGCCACGCCAACGUAAUGUAGCAGCCUUGUUAGCAAGAACGAAUGCGUCUUCAAACAUGACAAGUUCAUUCCCAGUUGUGUAAAUGAUUAGUACCACGGCAUAGCGCUUAAAUAUCGUACGGUAUGGUCCAACAAAAUAAUCAAACAGCGGCCGUGGCUGUUUGAAAUGAGCACAUCGUUCAGUUGCUGUGAAGUAGAAAGGAGAACACCUCGAAUUGAAAGCAUUUCUAAUUAUAUUUGCUCCUGUACCGGCAUACUGCUGUUGUGUAGAUUAAGCAUUGAUUACUUGUACUUCGCGUUCUUGACGGGCACCUUUUCGGCAUUGCACUGCUGACUGUCCCAUGUUGCGUGUUUUUACGUUUCUAUCACAAGAAUUAGGGGCAGUAGCUGCGCCGGUCACCGCAGACCAAGUACAUGCGCUUACCGGUUGGUGUGGUAACAAACAUAUUUGUGGCGGGAAAGCGGUUACAGAACGAUAGAAGAGUACGGCGGGCAACAAAAUUAUAAUGCGCUUACGGCAUGUUUGCUCGUUUUACUUCCAAAAAUAGCGUGUCAAGCGUAUCAAUAGCAAAUAUUGCCGAGAACGGAAGAAAGAAAGUAUAAAUAGCUUAGAAAAACAGACCGUGUAUGAGCACACGAAACAAUGAGACAGGACUUGAAGCGGAAGGUACCACGAUGCAACCAAAUGCUUCGGUACCGUACAACAGAACGUGCCUUUCAACCGAUAGCACUUUAAAUUAUUUACAGCAGAACGUUGACGGAGUGAUUGCCAUUUUACUUUUUGUCAGUCUUGCCGUUAUACUGGUGUUUGUGCUUUUCUCAGCUGUGAAGUGCGUGGAUGAUAAGAGAAAAGAGAUUAGGGCUGCUAUAUCGAUGCACAUGCGAGAACGUUCUGAUGAAAUUGGCGAUUCUCGCAUUGUUCGACCUGAUAAUACCGAUCAAACUAGUGUUUGAUCAGAGAUGUGUGAAGGGAAUGCGUACCGCGCAUGUUUGACGUAAAUAAAGGGAUGUUUGAGAA